UUGCUCCCAGCCUCCUCCCUAGGAUGUGCCCUCUCAGUCUCCACCAUUCCUGGAAAUGUCACAAAGAGAAGUUAUGCAGGCUGUUGGGAAUUAUAGUUUAAAAUGGAUACGUUUAAUGCAGUUUACAGAGUGCAAAUCACAGAGCUAGACUACAACUCCCAGCAGCUCCCGUGGUACUAAGUGACGUGCAUCCAAGCUGUAAUAAUGUUCUAGAAGCCUGGUUGUCAUCAUGUGAAAAUACAAUCAUAAAAACAAGAGGUGAAAAUCUGAUUUCUGGUGUUAAAAUGCACAAGUGAGACGAUUAAUGAUUCUAUCACUAAAAUCACAUUCUUUUAAUAACACACACUUAAUAAACUCCAUUGAUUUUGUUAAAAAAAAUUCACUCUUUAAAAAAAAAAGUUGCUUCAGGGCCCCUCUGGGAUUAGGGGCCCUUAAACUUAAACUUCGUUAGUUUCACAGUAGAUCUGCCCCUGCACCGCCCUCCACAAUCUAUGAGCCUCAGCGCUGCUGUUUUGUACUUUCUAAAUAACCUCUAGAUAAAUGUACCAACAAUAAUUAUUUAAAGGCUGCAAUAUUAAAUAUCAAAUCUAUUACAGUACAUAUACGUUACAAGAGAAACAAAGGCAUGUUGUCUUGGACAGGGUACUGUAGAUCAAAGGAUAUGAUGUCAGUUGAUAGAGAAACAGGUCAGGCAAGCUCAGGUAACUCAGGAAACAGGUUGCUAAUUAUUCACUAGCUAAAUAGGUAUACUAUUGCAGCACUACAGUACUCUACAGAGUCAGGAGGUCACAGCCUGCACAGUAAGUUAUUCAAAGUGAGACGGCUACCUUUAUUUGUUUGGUUUUUUUACAUUAUACCUACAAUGGGUGAAAAGGAAUCAAAUUCUGCAAGUAUGUCUAUGCAAGGAAAGGAUUUGUCAUAUCAGAAACUAGGAACUGACAUGAAAGCUGGUUUAGAUCUGCAUUAUAUGGAAAGUGAUGACAUUCCCACAUCUUCUUUGGAGCUAGAAUGGGACAUGGAGACUGAGCUGGAGGAACUUGGAACCAGUCACUUUCAGUUGGAUGGUUUCACUGACAACCAUGGGAACACUCCGGCAAAUCCAUCUCACACAAUUACCUCCAACCAACCAUCAACUUCACCCAAAGGACGUUUCCAACGAUUAGAGGAGGAGCCAGAAUACUUUUCCCAUUGGGCAGAAUCAAAACCAAAGACCUCCAAACACUUUUGUAUGAUUGCAAAAACGUUUUGCACAUUCACAUGUACAUUUAUUUUGGGGAUAUUAAUAGGAUAUUUUACAAAACAAAAUCCUUCCAGUAACUGUGUAUUGUCAAAUGAGAUUGCUUCAUCAACUGAACUCCCUGUUAUCAAUGAGAUAUUAAAAGACAUCACAAAAGAACAUAUUGAACAAUAUUACAGAUAUUUCACAGAGAGUUCUGUCAAUAAUACAGACUCAGACCCAGCAAAAAAAAUUGUACUUCUAUGGACUUCACUAGGCUUAAAAGAAGUUCAGUUAAUAAAUUAUUCAGUAUUACUUGACCUACCAGGCUCCUCUCCAAAUACAAUCACUCUAAACAAUGGCCAGUGCUAUUAUCCAGGCGGACAGAAGUGUGAUGAAGAGACCAAAAGUCAGGAGUUUCUGUAUGCUGCUUACUCUGCCAAUGGAACUCUAGAGGGUGAAGUUAUUGAUGUGCAAUAUGGGACAGUGGAAGAACUACAAAGAGUAAUGCAAUCAAAAAAUAUUUCUCGGAAAUCUAUUGCUCUAUUAAAAUUAGGAGUUUUACCAUUAUCAUACAAGCUUUCAUUGUUAGAAGAAAUUGGAUUUGGAGGAGUGCUUAUUUAUAUUGACCCAUGUGAUGAUUCUGAGGAACAAAGUAAUAAUGACAAACCGUUUAUGGUAUCCUUAAAAAAUGGAGGAAUCCCGUUUACUUCUGAAUCAUUUAAAAUCGAUGCCAACUCUUGGGAAAUGAAUCCAAAAGUGACAUCAUUGCUGGUACAGCCUGUAACUAUAUCACUUUUAAGAAGACUGUUUACUGUGACCGAGAAUGCAAUGACAGAUGAGUGCCAUCCCAUUAAAUUACCUGAGACAGAUCAUGUAACACUCAAACUAAAUAUCCAGUCCAUCCAACUGUACAAAAACAUAUCAAAUUCGAUUGGUUUCCUCAGGGGAUCACUUCUUCCAGACAGAUAUAUCAUACUUGGUAGCCCUCACUUUGGUGGAUAUGAGGAAAACCCACAGGAGUGGGCCAGUGGUGCUGCAAUUAUGAUGUCAGUUAUAAGAGCCAUACUGCUAAAGGUGAAGACAGGAUGGCGACCAAAUAGAACAAUUAUUUUCUGCUCGUGGGGAGGAAAUCCGUUUGGUAACAUUGGAUCUUACAAAUGGGGAAAGGAUCUUCAAAGAAUUCUUGCUGACAAUGCAGUUGCAUAUAUUGGUUUGGAAAAGCCAGUACGUGGCGAUGGCAGCCUCAAUUCUUUCUCAUCACCAUCGCUCCAACAAUUGGCAAUUGAAGUAACAAAAAAGGUGCAAGUAAACUGUACUGAGAAGGAGAUUUGUCCCCAGUCUAAUGUCAGCUCCGCACAGAUACAGGGAGAUGCUGAUUUCUUCAUCAACCAGCUUGGAAUUCCAGCUGCUCACUUUGUUUUUGAACAUAGUAAAACCAAGGUUUCAAACUUACUCCAAGAAGUAUUUUUUGUCACUCAUGAAAAAAACACUCAACUAAUGGAUCCUUUCUUUCAUCGUCAUGAGUAUAUUGCCAAGCUGACCUCAGAAAUGGUUCUGCGAAUUGCUAGUGAUGCCGUUCUACCUUUUAAUGCACUAGAUAUAGCAUUAGAAAUUCAGAAGAACAUUGAAGGUGAUGCCAUGUCUACUAGUUUAAUGGAAAUGGCCAGACGUUUAAGAGAAACUGCACAAUUAUUCCAGUCUAAUGAAAUGCGUCCAGCAAAUGACCCAAAAGAGAGGGAUCCAACCAGAGUCAGAAUGUUAAAUGACAUUCUUCAAAAUAUGGAAAAGAAUUUCCUGACUAAUUCUUCCCCACCGGGAUUUUUCAGAAAUAUUUUGUACAAACUGGAUGGAACAUCAACUUGGUUUUCAAUACUUCAAGAAGCACAAGAACAUUGCAAGAUUACAAAGUCAAAUGAAACACUUUUAACAGCAUUGCAAGAGGUGUUGAACUGCAUUAGCUCUGCUCAGUUAUAUUUCAAAGAAAGUCUACACGUGUUUGAGAAUGGCUUAGAUGGAAAAGACUGAAAGGCUAUCUUGGUUGGUAGCCACAAGAAUAUUGUCACUUACAGAUUCAAUAAAGGUCAUAUUUAACAAA